UGCGCGUGCGCGGUGAUGCUGGGCCUGGCUCUGGUUUGCGGCCUGGUGGGGCUGGGGAUCGGGGCGCUGCUACUCAUCGCACUGGGCAGGUCGGGCGUCGGGUUACGCCGCUGGCUGGGCUUUAGACGCUGGCUGAUGGCUCGCACCGAGAAACCGCUUUUCCGGAUUGCGUACACCCUGUAUACAAGGACCAGGCUAGGGUACAUCUUUCACAAGAAGCAAUUGAAGAAGACCCGAGAUUAUUAUCCCAGCGGCCAUUCCGUUGUCUGCCCCAAGGUUAUUAACGGUGUGAAAAUUCUUCCAGUCCCCAUACUGACAGACAAUUAUGGGUACUUGAUCAUUGACUUAGACACAAACAUUGCCGUCGCUGUUGAUCCUUCUGAUCCACUGAUUGUCCAGGCAUAUCUUGAACAGGAGGGUGCGACUCUUGAAGCUAUUCUCACAACACACAAACACUGGGAUCACAGUGGUGGAAACAAGGUACUGAAGAAAAUCUACAAAUCUUGUAGAGUGUAUGGUACCUCCAGAGAUAACAUUCCUGGACUCACAAACCCCAUUCUGGAUAAAGAGACAAUCGAAAUGGGAAACCUGAGGUUUCAGGUGUUCUUAACCCCGGGCCACACGGUGGGUCAUGUGAUCUAUGUCCUGGCAGGGAACCCUCCUGACAGUCCCGCUUGCCUCUUCUCCGGAGACUUGAUCUUCCUCUCCGGCUGCGGUCGGAUUUUCGAGGGGAGCUCCUCAUUGAUGCUGUCCUCGCUGGACAUUGUGGCCUCACUCGGAGAUGAGACAUUGCUAUGGCCAGGUCACGAAUAUGCACAAGAUAACUUGAUGUUUGCUGCUUCAGUUGAACCGAACAAUCUUGCUAUCUUCAACAAACUCGACUGGGUACUACACCAGAGGCAUGAGAAGCAUUGCACAUGCCCGUCGACAAUAGGGGAAGAGAAAGAGUACAAUCCAUUUUUGCGAACUCACUCCAGCGAUUUGCAUGAUGCCCUUGAGAUCGAGCGGAAACUUGACGAAGACUUGACUUCUUUCAGAUCCAGGGUCCUGGAGGAGGUCCGCAAGCGUAAAGAUAUUUUCAAUUAUAGAUAGCAUUUGGAAGAGAUUCCUGUUUUCCUUCUGCAAUCUCUUUCCUCUUCAAAAUGUAUGUCCUCCCUUUCUGUUUCCUUCCCUUCCUCUCCUCCUCUUUCUCUCAAUCCCCACUCUUGCGUUCUGUCCCUCCACCCCCCCCCCAUAUCCCACUCACCCACCCUUUGCUUGUUCUGUUGACGCUCGCUUUCUUUCUCUCUCUCUCUCUCUCUCUUUGUCUUCCACGCUCUAUAUUCCUCUUGGUACAGGAAACUUUAACAACAUGCAACUAAGAAUCAAAUGGAAACUUGAGCAAAGACCAACCCAGAUGAUUGCAUGAAACCCAAAGCCACUCAUCCAUCAGCACUUCAUUGCAAUAUUUAAACCAGAUGGAUUUUGAUAAAUGUACUUUUGUGAUCGAUUAACCUUGUUGAUUGAUCAGUCAGGGAACUUUUGCUGCCACAUCAUUCCCUCUACAGUGUAAAUAUGAAUUCUACCAAAUUUUUAUGUGAUGUAUUGUAAGAUCAGAUGCGUGUGUAUAAGUUGUCUUUUUCAUGGUGGCUAAUCAGAACUUUAUUCCCCAAAAAUAAUGAGUCACGCUAAUGUAAAAGUCGCUCUUCCUUUAUUUAUAGAUCACCAAAAGCAAACAAACUUCCACGAUGGUACGAGGAAUGUCCAAAAUAUGUUUUACAUGAAGCCUUUAGCACUAGAAAUGCAAAUACAGGAUUUACUUGCCACUGUUUGCUGUUUUUUUUUAGCCAAGUCAGGAUGGGUAUAGAGGCAACACCAAGCAAAGUCAAUUUUUAAAAAUCUCAUCUGUUUGCUGUAAGGUUCGAACUAACAUGAAUUUCUAGUUUCCACAGAUCGGAACACCAAGUUGCUGCUUGUUUGGCACUGAAUUGAUGUUUGGAGCAGAAUAGAGGAAGCUUUACUCUGUAUCUAACCUGUGCUGUACCUCCCUCAGGAGUUUGGGACAAUGUAAAGGGAGCUUUAGAAAGCUGUACCUACUUUGGGAGUGUUCAGGACACUGGAUGCCUGAAAUGGAAAUGGUUCCAGCCCCAGCACUAACACCCUUCGCUCGUCUGCACAAACAUAAUAAGCAAAAUGUAGCAUGCGUUGGAUCGCAUUUUGUUUAAGAGAAUAGGACUUCUUCCAGUAUAGGUACUUGUUUCCAAAUUUCACUUGAACUUCAGAGGCAGGAAGGCAAUGCUUCAUGUCAUGUUAUGCCCUCUGCAUCAGGAUGGUUCUCUCUCUACUUACCCUGGAAUAGCGAGACAUUAACAGGGCUCGUUCUCCCACACAGCGGCGAUUUGGUUUUGGAAUCACAGUAGAGGCCUCUGGGUAUAAAUAAGUUUUAUUCACUGGAACUGAACAUAACAUCACUGCUGCAAAUUCAGGUGUAAAGUUUUUGAAUAUUACUUUGCAUGUCAGAUCUUUAAUGUACUCCAGUGAUCAUGUCCUGUCAAAUUUCUAUUAAAAAUAAAUAUCAUCUUGUAUUUA